GCGGUGGGACGGCUCCGGUGAGACACAGCCCGGCGGGAGCCGCCUGGUGCCCCGCGCCUCUCCUGAGAAAACGCAUCGUUUCCUUGGAGCUGCCGAGCCCAUGGUGGGAGGAUACUCCAUUUCAGGAGAGGCUGGAGGCCGUGCGAGGGCGUUCCGCAUGCCCUGAGGGGGAAUGGCUGGAAGUCUGUGCGGGGAGCGAGCGCUGUGCCCAUCCGAGGAGGCCUCGCAGCCGUGCCGCCGCUCGGUGAAGGAGCGGGCGCUUGGGGAUUGAAACACUUUUGUUGUGAAAGCUAUCAUUGAACUUGCAUGGAUUUGGAAGUGAAAGGAGUUGCUGCAUCCCCUCGAAGGCAGGCUGAGCUGUCAUUGAGGGGAAAGAAAUGUCAGGGCUGGAGACCAGAUACACGGGCUAGUCACAGUCCCCGCCCACCAGAGGUACCAUGCCUAGAUCUAGGGAAGCUGGGAGAUUCUGAUGAAGAGGAUGGGGACUCUUACAUACCGUACAGUGGAAGCUGUCCUCAUACAUGCCAGCUAGAUUCAUCUUCAGAUUGGAGAAUGUCAUUACAAACGCCAUGUGCACAGCAUCAACAUGUGUCUAGACAAUUUGGUCAUAACAACAUGGAGAAGACAAGACCAGAAAAUCUACCAUCCCCAACAGAUGGAUACAAACUGAAGCAUUAUCAGUGUGAACCAGAUACGAAGGAAGAAUAUGAGCAAUAUCCUCAGAGAAUUGCAGAAAAGAGGAAGGACCACCUCCAGUGUUCAGAUGCUUCAGUAAAGUGCACCUCUAGCCUGAGCAUGAGGAUUAGCAUGACUGUAAGGAAGAAUUUACAGCCUAAGAAGAGUAAACAGCUUGAAGAUGGACAUAAUGAUGGUCUUAUAGCUCUUGAUGAGAAAGCUCUCCUGCAACAAUGCUACACAAACAAGCCCUAUAAUAUGCAGCACAGUAUAAGGAAAUUGGAAGCUGAGGAUGUUGCUGCAGAGAGGAGAAAACAGGCUGUAGUAGAACAAGUGAUGGUGGAUCAGUUAUGUAGAGCUGUUAUAAGUGACCCAGAGCAGUCUACACGUUCUGAUGUUUGCAAGGAAGCUCAAGGACUUCAGGGACUUGGGACAGCACCAGUGCAUUUUAGAAAAAGAAUACUGCAUGAAACGAAAAUAAGGACCAAAUCAGGAUUAACUGAAAAUAUGCUCUCUAACAAGCUACGCUUUGAUAGUAGGAUUAUAUCGAGAAAUGGCCGCGAUGCUUGUAGAGAGUUGAUUGGAUUUUUUUUCGCAUGUGACAGAUCCCUCACUGUGUAUGAAUUUCGACAGUUUGGAAGAAACAGAACAAACGCCUUGCCUUUCAUUCAGAAGGGAGUUUAUCGACAUCAGCGUGGGCAAAGGAAGGGAAAAGUUUAUGAUCUUGGUGACCUCUAUGUUGGAGCUAAUCUAACUUUCCGAAGUGUUGAUCAUAACCUUCCAGAAAGCGUUAAGCAGAACCCUGUCUUUACCCUUCGUGUGAUAAGUAUUGAUGAAGCAGCUAUGGAUUUUCUAAAAGCUUCUUCUGUGGAAUUCAAGCAACAAUGUUCCAAGCAAGCAGACAGCAAAGUUUUCAAGAAGAUUCAAGGUAUAUUCAGAGGGACACUAAGUAAAAGAGGAGUUCGGCUUAUAACGGGCUUAGGAAAGUAUUUCCGACAAGUAGACAAGAGCAGAAAUGGUUUUCUCUCUCAGGCAGCCUUUAAAGAAGCUCUAAGAGUAUUCCAUUUGGAAAUGCCUGAAGGGGACUUCGAAUCUUUAUGGCUUAUUCUUGAUGAUAGCAAGAGUGAUAAGGUCGACUAUGGAGAAUUUACUUGUGCCAUAUUUGGAGAAAUGAAUGAAUAUAGGAAAGCCUUUGUAAGAAAAGCUUAUAUGAAACUAGAUUUCAACAAAACUGGGAGUGUGCCUAUGGUGGAUGUCAGGAAAUGUUACUGUGCAAAGAAACAUCCUCUAGUAUUGGCAGGCAAAGCUGCAGAAGAAGAAAUUAAAUCAUCGUUUCUAGAAACAUUAGGAGAGACCUGCAGCAACCCCAUUGAAGUGUCCUAUUCUGAGUUUGAAGAUUACUAUGAAGGAUUAAGUUUUGGAAUCGUGUGUGAUGAUGAUUUUGUUAAUAUCUUAAGGAACUCUUGGGGUGUUUAGAGUGGAAGAUGACAAAAAUGAAGAAGAAACAUUUUCUAAACAAGGAGUAACUAAAUAAGGGAGGAUUUAAUCUUGAUGUGCAUUGCUUUAUAAUUAGUGUGUUAAACUGAUGUCAGGAACUGAAAACUUUAGAUACUUUAAGAAUAAUAUAUGGCAAAUUUCUUGGAGUGUCUGUUCAGCUAUGCUAGCCACUCUGCUAAUACAAAUACUGUUCGUUUCAUUUCAUUGGAAAUAAUAAAGGCUGUUUCUUAUACCAAAAGCCACCUUUUUGAUAUUAGAAUAAAGUGGCAUAUUUUAAAAUAACUGGGAAUUAGAAUACUAAAAUGCAUGAAAGUGUAUAUGCAAGAGAAGAUUUUGUUUUAUGAUGCAUUGUGAAAAGUUUUAGGUUCGACUGUAUAUCAAUGGUAACUUUUCUUCAGAAAGUUUCUUAUAACAUUCUUUGUCUUGUUUCUUGUUUCUUAUGGUAGCACUUAGCUUGAAAGAGAGCAGGUCAUACUUUUCCAGUUUUGAGGGUGUUUGCAGUACUGAAAGUACAGAGACGUUCACAGCAACUAGCCCCUUGGCCUAUGGACCAUCUUGACUGAUCUUACUUUGUCAUUUUGGUCAAGAAUCCAAAGCUGAGCAUUGAAUCCCAAAGGUUUUAUAAAGCACACAUGAAUUUUAUAAUGCAUAUCUUCCUUUCCUAUAUUUUGCUAAGUGGUUUUCUAAACAAAUAAGUUUUCUUUAUAUCCCUAGGAUUUUUUUUAACUAAUACUUAGCAAUUACAUAUUUUGUCAAAUGGACAUAUAGCAUUUCAUAUCUACUCUGAAAGUAUAAAACAGAAAAGUAUUUAAAAAAACCCCAAAACAACCACCUGUGUCACCACAAAAAUUAAAUCAUAAAAUAUUCCUUGCUACUUCAAAUAUUCAGACAGAUGCUUUUUUCAAUGUAAUACAUCUUGUUAAUUCUGUAAAAUUAUUAGUGUUAAGAAAUAAAAAAGUAUUGUUAAUUACACAGUGAGAGAGAGAUAGCCUUUGGUUUCAAUAGACCUGUCACUAAAAUUAACUGUAUGUUGAACUGCAUUUCUUAAGCCUAUACGAUUAAAAUAUAUUAGUUUCCUUA